CAAGCCCUUUUUAUCCAUUUUGUGGACUGCUGUGUUUGUCAUAAUGCCUGUGUGUUAAUUAGGAAGAUGGGGCUCAUUGGGACUUUAAAUGUCAGAAACAUUCUUCCUGUCCGUCCAGGGAACAGUUGACACUCAGUCGAAUGCAGUGCAGGCCUGCAGCGAGAUAAAGCUAAUAAAUGCUGUAUUGUUGGAGUCUGAGGUUUGAGAUUUGUAGCCACUGCUGUUUGCUUGAAGAAGAAUGAUGUGUGUGUGUCACUGUGCUCGGACAAUACAGACACUGUUUGCUCUCCUCCAGAAUGUAUGAGGAAAAAAAGACAAAUGGGGGAGGAAUAGGAGGUGGUCAUAGAAGGGACGAACCAUUUUGAGAGAUGUGAGCGUUAGCACUGCCGUCUGUGACCAGUUAACACAUUAAAAUUGUGGUAAUGAACUACUGAGGAAAGCUUGAUGGUGAUUUUGAGGGAAUUGCUAAUAUUGUUCAGAGACACAGAAAAGUCAUCAUUUCCUUCUAAUGGAGUUUUGCCUCAUACCCUGUUUGAGUCUGUCUCCCCCGUCGGCAUUAUCACCCUGACAUCCAGCCCUAACACUCAAUGAAACACUGAUUCAAAAAACUUCUCAACAAUGGACAACUGUUCUGUUCUUCAUGUGCUCCUCAUGAUCUUCAUCGUGCCUGGCUGGCUUGGGGGUGACACUUUUAUCUCAAGAAAACAGCAAGAGACCCGUUCGAGUAAAGCCUCUCGUGGGUCACAUCUGAGAGUGAAACGUGGCUGGAUUUGGAGCCAAAUAUUUGUUGAAGAAGAAGAUCCAACACCAAGGAAGAUUGGUCAGCUGAAAUCAGAUUACGACACAGGCGACUUUUCUAUCAAGUACAUCUUAUCAGGUGAAGGAGCUGGUGAGAUAUUCAUCAUUGAUGAGUACACAGGUGACCUUCACUCAUUACAGUGUCUGGAUCGCGAGCUGAAGUCCUUCUACUUACUGCAAGCCCAGGCCAUCAACCGCAGAUCCAAACAGCCUGUUGAACCUGAAUCUGAGUUUAUUAUUAAAGUCCAGGACAUCAAUGACAAUGCUCCAGAAUUUAUCAAUGAGCCUUACAUAUCCAGCAUCCCAGAGAUGUGUCCCACAGGGACCACAGUUAUCCAGGUAACAGCCACAGAUGCAGAUGACCCUUUGUUUGGGAACAAUGCUAAACUCAUCUAUUCAAUCCUGCAGGGGGAGCCCUACUUCUCAGUGGAACCCAAAACAGGUGCUGAUUCCUUGCUCAGCAAUAACCGUAGUGCUUUAAACAGUCAAGUUUCAAAUUAUCUGAAUCUCAAUGCAUUAGGGUUAGGGUUAAAUGGCAUUUAUGUAAAAUAAAGACAAAAUUGUAAGUACA